AAAGUGCUCUUCCACGCCUUUAUAAACCCUUUCUUCGCGCCUCACUCGCAACCCUUCACUCUCUCCCUCUCCCCACAUUUUGGCGCGAAAAUCAGAAAAGCAGCGCCAAAAAAAGAAGCUCCGGAGAUCCGCCGCAACCCAUGGCUGACGAUCACGAGCAGGAAGACACCGCCGUCGUGGAGGAAGAGUACGCCGUCUGGAAGAAGAACACUCCUUUCCUCUACGACCUCAUCAUCUCUCACCCUCUCGAAUGGCCCUCUCUCACCGUCCACUGGGUCCCCUCCGCCCCUCAGCCUUACUCCGAUCCGUCUCUCGCCGUCCACAAGCUCAUCCUCGGGACCCACACCUCCGAUGACUACCCUAACUACCUCAUGGUCGCCGACGCCCUCCUCCCCGCUUCUCAGCCCAACGUCGACGCCGUCUCCGACGAGCCCACUCUCCCUAAGGUUGAGAUUUCGCAGAAGAUUCGUGUCGAUGGGGAGGUGAAUAGGGCGAGAUGCAUGCUGCAGAAGCCGAAUAUGGUUGGGGCGAAGACUAGUGGUAGCGAGGUGUAUGUGUUUGAUUGUACCAAGCAGGGGCUGAAGUCUCAGGAUGGUGAGUGUGAUCCGGAUUUGAGGUUGAGGGGUCAUGAUAAAGAAGGGUAUGGCUUGUCGUGGAGCCCGUUUAAGGAGGGUUACCUUUUGAGUGGUUCGAAUGAUUGUAAGAUUUGCUUGUGGGAUGUGUCUGCUUUGGCUCAAGAUAGGGUGCUUCAUCCAAUGCAUGUUUAUGAGAGUCAUGAAAGUGUGGUUAAUGAUGUAUCAUGGCAUUCGAGGGAUGAGAAUCUGUUUGGGUCUGUUGGGGAUGAUUGCCAAUUGAUGAUAUGGGACUUUAGAACAAAUCGAGCCCAACAAACUGUCAAAGUUCAUGAGAAAGAGGUAAACUAUCUAUCUUUCCAUCCGUGUAAUGAGUGGGUCUUGACUACAGCAUCUUCAGACACUACUGUGGGUCUGUUUGAUAUGCGGAAGCUCAAUGUACCAUUGCAUGCUCUGAGUGGCCACACAGAGGAGGUAUUCCAGGUUGAAUGGGACCCUAAUCAUGAUGCUGUGUUGGCAUCAUAUGCCGGUGACAGAAGGUUGAUAGUUUGGGACCUUAACAGGAUUGGGGAUGAGCAGCUGGAGGGAGAUAGUGAUGAUGGGCCACCAGAACUUCUGUUUCAACAUGGCGGUCAUAAAGCAAAGAUAUCAGAUUUCUCAUGGAACAAAGAAGUUCCAUGGACCAUUUCAAGUGUAGCUGAAGAUAAUACUCUCCAGGUUUGGCAAAUGGCCGAUGGCAUUUACGGCGAUGAUGAUGUGCAAGAAGGGGAAGCUUCUGAUGUCUGAUGAAGUGAUGAUGAUACGUCUCAAAUUCUCAGCCUAUGUGUUUUGUUGUUGCUGUCUUCACUCCUUUUGAGUUGUAAGCUCUCGGUAGAGCUGUUUUAAAACUUCUAGAGAUGAUCAUGCCAAGAAAAACCAUGUAGGUUUAUAAGUAGGAAGUCCAUUAAUGUCUAAACGGAUGUUCAAGUAGAAAGAUUGUCAAUCUUAAUAUUUCAAAAGGUUCAACCUUUUCUUU